UAGGACUUGUUUUAUAAAUCAACGGAUUAGCAAACUGUAAGCUAAAGAAAGAUGGGUGACUCUCAUGAGCUUUCCGGUGACGUUUUUAGACAGUUGUUGAUGGACGUUUCCAACUGGUUUGAUGAACGUGAAUGCAUCAGCAUGAUGAAAGUUUUAUACAGGGACCAUUUGAAAAAUACUUCAAAAUUAUUUGGUGCUUCUAAGAUGAUAGAGUUAUUAUAUAUGUUGUGUGAUUCUGAUAAUUUGGCUCCAAAUGAUCUAGAAAUCCUGUAUGAUACUAUAAAUGUAACUCAUCAAUUUGCUGUACAAAAAGAAAUUAAAGAUAAAGUAACAUCGUGCCCAGAUAUUGAUGAUAUUAGGAAUACUAUAAUUUCAAAAUUCACAACUCACCGACAAAAACUGAUCAAAUUGGGAUUGAAAAUGUCCAAAAAACAGCUAGAAAUUGUCAGUGGACUGUAUAAUAAUACAAAAAAGGACUAUACAGAUAACUGGGACUUGAUUUCUGACCUGGAAGAGAGGAAUAUCAUUUCUGAAGAUAUGAUGGAGACAUUUAUGGAAAAGUUAAAACAAAAUACGUGCCUUAAAAAUCUACAUGCAGAACUGAAUACUAUUCCAGUUGAACCUAAACUGAAACGAUUACAUCCGCCACACACUCAAGAAAAACUGCCGCAACGUAAGGAAAUGCUCUUCCGGCAAUUUUGUAUCCCCCUCCUUUUACGGAAAGUUGAGUUUACACUUCUUACGUGA